AUGGGUGGAGCUUUUCUAUUAAUAAAUAAAAAUUCUGCCCCUUCAAUUAAUGGAAAUAUUAAUUUGUUUGAUCAAAAAGUAGAUUCAUUUAAUCGUUGUAUUUCACAUAGUAAUUGUGAUUUUUGCACAACAGAUGAAUUAUGUGGAUUUUGUGAGAAAAAGGGAAAUAAUGGAGGGGGAUUUUGUCUUCCUAAGGAUCAUUUUAAUGCAGAUAUUCGUUCUAUAACGGGGCCUUGUUCCUCAAAAAAUAGCACUAAUGGAUUACAUUUUGUUGAAAAUAUUGAAUAUGAGUGGAAUGAAAACUGUCACACAGACACAAAAUAUACAAUUUUGCCAAUUCUUUUAAUGAUAUUAUUUUUGUGUUCUUUUGCUAUUGGUUAUGCUCCUCUUCCUUGGGUUUUAAAUGCUGAAUUUUAUCCACUUUGGGCUAGAAGUACUUGUGUUUCUUUAACUACUUUUUGUAAUUGGGAAUUUAAUUUAAUUGUUUCACUAACAUUUUUAACAUUAACACAAGAAGCGACAAAAUAUGGUAAGAAAAAGACAUUUUGUUUAUAUUUGCCAAUUUAUUUUACAAAAAUUAUUUUUUUAAAUUUCAUCAAUUUCCACUCUUUUUAG